CAUAAAGAUGUUGUUGAAGAAAGUAGUUGGUACGAGCUUAAAAACAGUGAAUUUAAUGAAUCCAGUGAGAUACAAAUUUGCCCAUAAACUUGUGGAAAAUGUAGAAAAUGAAAAACAGGAAGUGUCUUUAGACUCUGAAAAUUGUAUAUUAGUUAAUGAAAAUGAUGUAUCGAUUGGACAGACAUCAAAAAGAGAUUGUCAUAAAUUAGAUGAUCAACAGAAUAUUAAGCUUCAUAGAGCAUUUAGUGUCUUCCUGUUUAAUAGACAGGGAGAAAUGCUUAUGCAAAAACGUUCAAGUCAUAAGAUAACAUUUCCUAAUUGCUACACAAAUGCGUGCUGCUCACAUCCAUUAUAUGACUUGGAAAAUGAAAGGGAAGAACUCAAUGCAGUGGGUAUUAAGAGAGCAGCACAAAGGCGGCUUAAUUAUGAGCUAGGAAUUCCAACUAGUCAGGUUCGACCAGAGAAUUUUCAUUACUUGACAAGAAUUCAUUAUUUGGAUCGAGGUGAUGGAGUUUAUGGCGAGCAUGAAAUUGACUAUAUCCUCUUCCUACAAAAAGAUGUGGACAUUAAGCCAAAUCCAGGUGAAGUCAGCGAGAUUUGUUGGAUUAAACGUGAUCAAAUGGAGGAACAAAUAUCGACACUAGACGGUCCACUUACUCCUUGGUUCCGAUUAAUUUAUCAGUCUGGACAGCUCGGGCUUUGGUGGAAGAAUCUUCAUCGUUUGAAAAAAUUUGAGGAUUAUAAUACGAUUCAUAAGCUUAAUUAAGUGAAUUAGACUAAAAGUCGCCGUUCUUCAUAUACUUAAUAACGAAGUUGCAAUAAUUUAUCUAGUUAAAAGGAAGAACCUUAAUUUAUCGACAGGAA